CGCGAUGCAACCUUCGCCUUGACUUUGUGGUUGACAGUUCGUGCUGCGAUCCGGGAUAGCCGUCUGGAAGUAACCAGGCCAGAGCGCUUGACGUGGGCGCACCAGGUAUCGUGGGCGAUGCGGCUGUUCUCUCGGUCGUUAAUUUGUGAGGCUCGGGCGAAGGAUGCUGAUCACUCAGCAGCAUUCGAACUCGACUCCACAAGGUUUCUUAUUUCCUACCACUGUCGAACCACCACACUCGCUUCAACCUCCGUCAAUCUUCCAAAAUGAAGACCGUCGCUGCUUUCUCCACCCUCAUUGCGAGCACUCUUGCUCAAGGAUACUUCGGCGUCAUGUCGGCUCGCAGUGCCUCGCCGGUUCAUCUGCUGCCCCUGAACGCCAUCGGCGGAAAGUUCUUCCUCGGCGGGAGCCCAUCGUCCUACUGCCCUCCGCAAGUGGGCGAUGUUUGCAAUGAGUACCCAGGGAACUCGACUGUGCUCGCCGGCGGCGACGGAACGCUCAGUCUUGCGGUCAUUGUGCCUGGUGGACAGCGAGUGUACAUUGCUCCAGACGCUACCAUGAGCUACACUGUACCCCACUCGGCCUAUAUCCCGGAAGGCUCCGUUGUGGAUGGCUGGAGCAAGACCGAGGGUGAAAGUUUCGGCCAUCUCACCUUUGACGGCGGUCUCGUUGCAUGCCCGGUGGAAGGCAAACCAUGGCAGGUGUACGGCCAGCGCCCGAAUGUGACCCUCAGCCCCGAGUGCCUGGGUUUCAGCGCUCUGACCGUUAAUUCCACUACGGCCGGCGCUUGGGAGUACUAAAAGUUCUCAAUGCAUUUGCAGACGUAUAAGAUCAUGCAGAUCGUACACGAUCAUCAUUGAAAGUGACCGACAGAAGAGCCAUGAAAUAGAGAUGGAAGACACAGGUGGAGCAAACGUACAUAAUGAACAAAUCCACUAACGAGCCACGCUCUCUUGCAAUAUAA